AUGGACAUUUUCUCUGAAGUCAGCGCGCCUGCUGUGGCCGUAGCAUCAGCCUUGUCGGUGGCCGCCGGUGCAUAUCUAAAUGCGAAGCUUGCUAUUUCCACUGAUCUGCGAGCAAUCGCCAACGAUAAGGCUGGCCUAAAGCGGCUAACAGACCGCAUCGCUGCACUAGAUGGCUCACCAACCAUCUACAAGAUGCUCGAGCGGGCGGUGGAGGUCGAAGGACGAGGUACCGUUGAGGCGCUCUGGUUUGAAAACAAGACGUGGUCAUACAGCCAAUUGAAAGACUUGGCCGACAAGAUGGCUGCUCUUUUGAAGAGCCGUGAUAUCAACACCGGUGACACAGUGGCUGUUUUUACCACCAACUCACCAGAGAUGGUCGUGACCCUGUAUGCUCUGUCAAAAUUGGGUGCUGUGGCAGCAAUGAUUAACACAAGUCUGCGAGACGAUACUUUCAUCCAUUGUCUCGGCGUCUCCGGCUCCAAAUUAAUCAUCUCAACCGCAGAUAUAUCUCAGCACAUCUGUGGUGACCUACCACACUUCACAUACAACAUGGGGUCAUUCGAAGAUACUGAAAUAGGCUCAACCGAGCUCGUCACCUCGGAAACUCUACAGCAAUUCUCCCCAUUAGGAAUUACAGCAGCUAAGCGCACCACGAAAGACCUUUCCGUCCUAAUCUACACAUCUGGAACAACAGGAAAACCCAAAGCCUGCGGGAUCCGCAAUUUGCUCGCCAUGAUCACUUCUACCCCACUCUCAAUAGACGUCAACAACCCCAAAAAGUACCAACCAUUCCGCGUAUACUCCCCCCUCCCGCUCUUCCACGGCACAGCCUUCUUUAUUGGUCUAUGCUCGGCCAUCGGAAAUGGAGGCACAUUAUGCCUCGGACGGAAAUUCUCCGCCUCCCGCUUCUGGAAAGAGGUUCAUGACUCAGGCGCAACACGCAUCCUGUACAUCGGCGAGCUAUGUCGGUACCUUCUCGCGACGCCGCCAUCACCCUAUGACCAAGACCACAAGUGCAUCGUUGCAAGCGGUAACGGGCUGCGCGGCGAGAUCUGGGAGAAGUUCCGAAAUCGCUUUAACGUCCCUGAGAUCCGCGAGUUCUACCGCUCAACAGAGGGAAUUGCUAAAUUUGAUAACUUCGGUGUUGGAGCUUGGGGUGCUGGUAAGAUCGGGUUUGCUGGGCCUAUCCGUCGGUUCGUGGAGGAUGUUACUUUCAUCGUCAAGUAUGAUACCGAUACCGAUAUGCCGUACCGGGAUCCUGUCACUGGGUUCUGUGUAAAGGCUGCGCUUGGAGAGGAGGGUGAGGCGAUUGGUCGUGUCCGGGAUCGUGGUACCGUGAUUGAGUAUCUAGGUAAUGAGGGUGCAACGGAGGAGAAGCUUCUGCGUGAUGUGUUCCAGAAGGGAGACUUGUUCCAGCGGACUGGUGAUCUGGUCGUUCAAGAUGAAUCUGGGUGGGUAAGGUUCCAGGAUCGGGUUGGUGAUACUUUCCGCUGGAAGGGUGAGAAUGUUAGCGCAGGAGAGAUUCGGGACCAUAUUUGCCGGAUUGAAGGUGUACAUGACGCUGUGGUAUAUGGUGUGAAGCUGAAUGGGUAUGAUGGCCAAGCUGGAGCUGCUGGUAUUACGCUGGAAUCACCAUCAGUUGAAACUGAAUUCAUGUCGAGUUUAUACAAGCAACUCAAGAAGAAGGGUGUUCCUUCAUAUGCCCUGCCUCGAUUGGUCCGACUCACCGAGAAGGUUGCCACAGGUGUCACUUUCAAGCAGGCUAAAGGUGACCUAGCGAAGAAAGGCUGGGAUCCUCGUCAGGACUGGGGCGGUGAUGUUCUUUACUGGUUGGACGGCACAAAGUAUCGGAAGCUGGAAGAGCAGAGCUGGGCACAGAUUGAGAGUGGUAAAGCCAAACUCUGA